AUGCAAGUCCACGUGAAGAAAAGGAUGAGCAAGGAGGAGAGAUUGGCAUUAGUUAGAGCAGGGACGGAGGACAGAGGGAAGUACCAGAGCUGCUAUAAAACAGAAGAAGAUCAAAAGCUUAGAAUCCAUGGCAUCUCCCUUUUUCCUAACAAUUGCUAG